UCCGCAUAGACCUAUUCACUGUCCGGUAUCCCCAAAAGAUCGGACUGCGGUUGUAGUGAGGAGGGGUUGCAAUUUUCUGCGAGGCGCCCUGCUAAAUUUCCUAUCACAAGCUAACGCUGCGGCGCCGGCCGUGCAAACUCUUGACAAUGGCAUCCACAAUACUACUAACAGACGUCAAGGUGCUUGCGGACGAGUUGGUUUGUUGCCGGCAUGCGACAGCGCCGAGACUUGAGGCGCUUUCUCUCCUGGACCAAGCUGAGACCGCAAAUGGGAGCCGUGGAUUCCAGCUGCUCCUCAAAUCAUCAGUAGCAGCGCCGGUGCUGAAGACCGCGCUGGCGGAGACGCUGAGCAAUUGCCCCUCUUUCGCGGGCCGGCUCGUGCAAGGAAAGUCCGGCACCUUUGACGUGUCCUGCUGCAACAGCGGCGCCCGGCUGGUGAUCGCCGCCACCUCCGCCAGCUUGCGGCAGGCGGAGGCAGCGGUGGGCCACGCACCAGUCCAAGCCGAGCCCCUGAACCCCUGGGCCGCAUUCGCGCUUCCCACAUCUCCUGACCACAUCUGCCGCAACCAGGCCUUUGCCGCGCACCUGUCCGCCACCUACAGCACCGCCACCCACAUCCGGGAGAUUCAGGCGCCCGGGGCGGCGUCUGUAACUGCUGCGGCAGCGGCAAGGAUGGUGGAGGUGGCGGCGUCUGGCGCCGACGGCGCCGGUGGCAGCAGCCGCAGCAGCAGCAGCGCGACCAAGCACGACAGCCACUGCGGCAGCGACGCGGUGAGCCGCACCGGCAGUCACUGCUCCAUGGACAGCGCUCGCAGCGUGUGCAGCAGCAUCGGCAUCGCACCGUUUGCGCACGCUUCCGGCAUGGCGGCUUCAUCAGCGGCGGCCGGUCUGGCGGCGCCCUGUGCCUUGUGCGGCGGCGGCCCUGCUGCCGCCGGGGUCGCCGGGGCCGCCGCCGCCGCUGCUGCCACCACAACCAGCGCCCCCAUCAGCAUCAGCGCCAGAGUCAGCAGCAGCAGCCAGCUCCGCACCCUCUCCAGCCACCCCUUCACUUUCGAGGAGAUCACUUGGGAGGAGGAGGAGCAGGAGGAGGAGGACGGGGGGGCCGUAGCUGGGGAUAGCGACACGGCCGCCACAGCAGCAACCGCGGCCUCGGGCAGCCCCCCGCCGCCGCGGCGCAGUGCCUCCGCCGCCGCGCGGAAGGCCACCGCCGCUGCCGCCAGCUCAGUCGUGAGUGCUUGCUGCGCCGCCUGCCGCAGCACCUACACCGCUGCCACCGCCGCAGCCGCAGCCGCCAGUCCCAUUCGGCUGGCGACGGCGCUCGCUGCCGCUGCGGAGCAGCUGCCGUCGCCUUUCGCCGCGCAGCGUGCCUCUGCCGCCGCAGCUGCAGCUGCUACAGCCGUAGCUAAGCAGCCGGCGCGUGCAGCGUUCCGUGCGGAUGCGGUGGAGGCGUUGGCGGUCGAGGGGCCGCUGCCCCAGGGCGUGCCGGAGCGGCCGGACCGGCUGCUGCUGGCGGCGGCUGCGGCGCCCCUGGUGGCGGGCGGCAGGUGGGCGACGUGGGCGCUGCUGGCGGCCAGGUCACUCAUCUACACGGACAUCCUGGGUCAGGGCUGCGAGGUGCGGCUGCUGCACCUCCCCACCGCCCGCCUGGCCGAGCUCAAGUCCCAGGCGACUGCGGAGCUGGCGCAGGAGAAGGAGUGGGAGGAGUCCCACGCAGCAGCUCACGCGGCGGCAGCGGCGGGCGGCAACGACAACGCCGCCUGCUGUGGAUGCGCGUGGCAUGGCCCGGCGCUGCGUGACGUCCAAUGGGUAUCCAGCAAUGACGUGUUGUGUGCACGCCUGAUGCAGCUGCUGCACUCCACGCCGCUGCGCCAGAUGUGGCCGAGCAUGACGCUACUGCGCCCAGCCGACCUGCGCCGCCGCCGCCUGGGCGGCCUGAGCGGCCAGCAGAGCCUGAGCGGCCUGCUACCGGCAGAGACGGCUGCGGCUUCCGCGUCCGCGGCUGCUGCUGCUGACCCGCUGGUGCUGGGCAACGCCAGCUACGCAGCCCGGAUGCAGGCGGCGGCGCCGAGUCGGCAGAGCCUGGGCCGGCUGGCGGGGCAGUUGCGGCAGUCCCUGGGGUAUGUGGUCCCGCAGCUCAGCCGCAGCCUGGCGCAGGCGCGCGCCGCGUUGCAGCAGGUGCAGGCGCAGGCAGGGGCUGCGCUGCUGCUGCUGCCGGGGUCCGCGGCAGCCUCCCACCCGCAGGAGUGCGGGCAGUCACCGGCGGGGCCGCUGACGGUGGCGGCGCUGGACGUGCGGCCUGACCUGCUGACGUUCGGCCCGGAGCGCCCCGUGGCGGUGCUGCCCCUGGAUGGCACGGUGGCGCCAAACACAGUGCUCGCUUACCCCGCCAUCGCAUCAACAGCAGCCCCCGGCGCCGCCGCGGGCAGUAGCACCUGCCUGGCAGCUGCGCUACACCGCGUGACGUGGCGCCAGCUGGAUGCCAUGUACGGCAAGGACCUGGCAGCCGCGUUCUAGCUGGAGCCUUGGCUGGAGCAUAAUCAUAAGUGCCGUAUUGGAAGGAGUGAUCUGCUGCGUGCUUUAAGUAGGAGUAAAGUUUGUGCAGCGUGCCCUCAGGUCUUGGAACAGUAGACACGUGAGACAAGUGGAUUUACAGGAUUGAGAUUGUCUGAUUGAGCCUUGGGGAGUUGUUGGGCUAAAGCUCUGUCAUCAUAUUGCCAUAGGUUUGGGUCCCGCGUACGGUAUCAUUUAGUUUGGCACGCGUUUUGCCCGUGCAGGAUGAGCAGCAGGUGCACGCACACAGGUUGAUGCCUGUGCGGACUUGCUUGUAGGCGUCAAGGAGCAGACAAUACGGUAUUGGCUCUGCUAACGAAGGAGUUACUGCGAAGCGUGGGUAGGCGCUCCGCCCCUCAGGGCGUGGAGUGGCAAGAGCGUGAAUGCACUAUGGUGGCCAGAAAAUGUUGACUUCUCCGGAGCGAAGUAUGAGCGUCGGAGAAGGCAGGUUCUCACGACGAUUAAGUGGUAUGGCACGGAGGCUAAGUAGCGCAGCUGCUGCUGGUAGCAGCAUCUGCCGUCUGUCUCUUUCUAUCUUACAGUACUGUUCUGCCGUGUUUUUGCUUUUAUGGCUGAAGUGCCUAUUUCCCGCCCACCCACCCUUGAUCUGCCGGUGGGAGGCAACUGAGAGACGCCUAACGGCCACUAGGUCAAAGUGAACUUGGGGUUUUCGGGUUUUCAGCACCGACUGUGGGGCUUGCUGUUUGCUUUGUUGCUUGUAACGUUGAGGAGUGAGAAGCGGGCUGCAGUAGGCAGGGUGUGGUUGUGGAGAGUGGACGGACUGAGGAUGAGGCCUGCGUGAUUGCACGAUGAAUAAGCUAUAAGUUAAUCCAGUACAAUAGCAAAGCAACAGCUCUGUACGGUAUCGCAGCAGGUGGAUGCGGUCGUCACAGGCGGCGACCUGGCGGCGGCGCUGUGAUGGUGAGAGUUUGAGCGCUCGGGUGUCGGGCGGAGCUAUUGUGCGGCAUAAGGUGCGGGGCGGACCUGAUAGGCAUGCCUUGUUGGGUGUGCUUGAAAAAAAACGCAACACUUUGCGGGGUUGUUGGGAUUGGCACUGCUGCAGAACCGUGCCGAUACACAGCCCGUGCGGUCCGUGUCGGAAACGGCGCGGCGGUCUCCCAUCCGCCCCAUUUGCCUGCCGCAUGUGCUCAUCAAAAUAGACUUCACUAAAUUCAUGAAAGCGGGAAGGGCAAUCGGGAUCAGAAUCGGGAUUGCAACACCGCGUCAGUUGGAUCGGGCAGAACUUUCCC